CACAUGAUGAGCAUCACUUACCAGCAAUUAUGUCUUAAAGUUUCGCUGAUGGCAAUGUCUCACCCACCCACAAUAGCUGAGGUCAUCACUAUCUCUCUACACGCAGGAGCAGAAGAGAGGAUUACUAGUGAUGUUUCUCUCCAGUUAUAUCUUCCAGGCCAAAGUGAAAGAGAAGAUGCUAGCGCUCCUGUCCUUAUUUCGUCUGCUCGUCCUGAGAUCUUGAGUAACACUCAAAUCAUCCAACAUCAGGUCAGCUUUGGAGCUCGGAUCUGUACGGAUGGAUGGAUACGACGAGGAGAAUCUUGUUACCAUAUUGAAAUGGAAAAGAUGGAUUUUAUCUCGGCCAAAAUGAGGUGUAGAGAUGAGAAUGCCACGAUAUUUAAGGCUGAUAGCUUGGAUGAAUGGAGCGAAAUUAUGAAGCUCACUCCACACUACUGGACAUGGAUCGGCUUGGUACAAGAAUAUAACGAAACCAAACUGUAUGGAGUGGUAGAUCUAGCUAAUAUUAGUAUACUUUUUAUGUCGCUUUCUAGAAACUGGCUGAUGAAACCAUUCUCGCCAACAUCGAAUGGUUGGUCACCCACGUCGAAAUGUGCCGCUUAUCAUAAUAGAAACUAUGUAGCACUAAACUAUGUGCACUUUUAUCCUUGUAAUAACCAGUACCACUCAAUUUGUAAGAAAAAUAUUGGAUUCCAUGUUUAA